AUGGACAGUGGAUCUACGAUUCAACGAUCAGAUCUCCGCGUUACGACAACAAUUGUAAAGAGAUAUAAAAAGGUUGGAAUUGCAUUGGCAGUAACAAAGCUAAUGCACUUGAUAUUGUCAAGUGGCGUUGGAAGCCCAAUCACUGUGAUCUUCCACAAUUUGAGCCUCUUCGGUUCCUCGAGAAAUACAGAGACAUCAGUAUUGAUCUGUAACAGUGCAGGGUUUGUGGGUGACUCCUUAAAUAGGAACAUGUUUGUUGCACUUUUCUGCAAUUUGAAACAAGUGCCGGGUGAGGUGAGAAAGUGGCGUCCUGCUGGAGCUGAUCGAGGAUUUACCUUUCUCCAGUACAACCUUACUAUUGCUUAUCAUCGCACAAAUCUUUUGGCGUGUUAUGGUAGAUGGUCAGCCAAUCCAAACGGUGGUGUCCUAGAAUCUCUCGGAUACAAGGAGGGUUACAGAGUUGAUGUUGAUACACCAGAAGGAACUUGGGUAGAGGCUGCCAGUUUCCACGAUAUUCUCAUCUUUAACACAGGACACUGGUGGUGGGCUCCUUCAAAGUUUGACCCUGUAAAAUCACCCAUGCUUUUCUUCGAAAAGGGUAGCCCAGUGGUGCCUACAAUACCGCCUGAUGCUGGCCUUGAUAUGGUUUUAAAGCACAUGGUAUCAUUUUUGGAGGGCAAAACCCGAUCAAAUACUGUCGUAUUCUUUCGUAUUCAAUGCCCCAGACAUUUUGAAGGAGGUGACUGGGACCAAGGUGGUUCUUGUCUGCGUUUACAACCUUUUUCGCCUCAAAAGGUGAGUCUCCUUCUAUGAUUGAGGCUUUCAACAAGCAGUGUAGUUUUUCAAUCAGAGUGGAAAUCACAUUGUAUAAGAUAGCUGAUCCCAAUGUGCUGGCUGGUUUGUUUACAUGACUCUGCAACUUGUAAGGGAAAGUUCUGGUUUCAUGCUUUGGUAUUUCUCAGGUUGAGGAACUUUUCUCUUUGACAAACCUGUACAAGGCCCUUCAAGGUUCUGGUUUCCAUAUGUUGGACAUAUCCCACAUGAGUGAGUUUAGAGCUGAUGCGCAUCCAUCUACAGCUGGUGGAAAGAAACACGAUGAUUGCAUGCAUUGGUGCCUACCGGGAAUUACAGAUACUUGGAAUGACUUACUCAUAGCAAAUCUAGACAACAUCAAGGUUGGGAAUUGAAAUGU